GCCGCCUGCACCGCGGACUGACCACUCCUUCCGCCGCCCAGCUGUCACGUGACUGGUCGCCUCUCGUGUUAGUGUUUCUAACUUGUGCGCGUGCUCUGCAGCUGAUGUCUCGAGGACCUGAGCCGAGCAUGGAGGUCUCAUUUGUGGGCAAACGGGCUCUGGUCACCGGAGCGGGAAAAGGGAUUGGCCGGCACACGGCUCUGGCUCUGGCACGCCGCGGGGCAAAGGUCACCGCGGUCACGCGCACGCAGGCUGACCUCGACAGCCUGCUGCAGGAGUGUGCGUCCAUCACCCCGGUGUGUGUGGACCUGGCGGACUGGGGGGCCACGGCGGCGGCCCUGCAGGCCGUCGGCCCCGUCGACUUGCUGGUGAACAACGCCGGCUGUGCCAGUUUGCAGCCGCUUCUGGAGGUCACGCCCGACCAGUUUGACCAGUCAUUCAAUGUGAAUGUGAGAGCUGUGUUGCAUGUCUCCCAGAUCGUGGCCCGUGGGAUGAAGGCCAGAGGCUCAGGAGGCUCCAUCGUCAAUGUGUCCAGCCAGGCCUCACAGUGCGCCCUCAGAGACCACGCCGUCUACUGUGCCACUAAAGGAGCCCUGGACAUGCUGACCAGGGUCAUGGCUCUGGAGCUGGGACCCCUGCAGAUCCGCGUGAACAGCGUGAACCCCACCGUGGUGAUGACCGACAUGGGGCGGCUGGCCUGGAGCGACCCACACAAGUCCAACACCAUGCUGGCCCGCAUCCCCCUGGGCCGCUUCGCAGAGGUGGAGGACGUGGUGAACGCCAUCUUAUUCCUGCUGAGUGACUCGAGCACCAUGAUCAACGGCGUGUCCCUGCCGGUGGACGGAGGCUUCCUGGCCUGCUGAGCAGCGACAAUGAAUCCAUCCGUUAUCCGCCACUUCUUCAGUUGUUUAAGAAGCUUCAUCCAGAAGACAUUGAAUCUCAGUUAGAUGUAAAUAUUCAGGACUAACAAGACCAACUCUCUGGAUUCAUUAAUUAAGUUCAAUAACUUGAUGCCGUAAAGCCUGUUACAACUUCAGGAACAGUCAAAUCCUCCCGUUAGACAAGAUGAAAGAAUGGUCAAAUAUAUAUAUAUAUAUAUAUAUUUGUAUAAAUAUAUAUAAUGAAAUGAGUGAUUAGGCCCUCUGAGGCUAAUUUGUGAUUUUGGGCUUUACAAAAUAAACUGAAUUGAAUUAUA